CUUGGCCACGCCCCCGCGUGAUCACGCCCUUGUCAUGUGACCCCGCCCCCGGGCCGCCCCCCGCCAUGGCCUCCGCCGGCGCCGCCGAGCCCGAGCGGCCGCUCCCGCACCCCAAGCCCUUCCUCAUCGGCGUCAGCGGCGGCACCGCCAGCGGCAAGUCCACAGUCUGCGAGAAGAUCGUGGAGCUGCUGGGGCAGAAUGCGGUGGAGCGGCGACAGCGGAAGGUGCAGAUCCUGAGCCAGGACAGCUUCUACAAGGUGCUGACGGCCGAGCAGCAGGCCAAGGCACUGAGGGGCCAGUACAACUUUGACCACCCAGAUGCUUUUGAUAAUGAUUUGAUGCGUACAACCCUGAAAAAUAUUGUGGAGGGCAAAACGGUUGAGGUACCAACGUACGACUUCGUGACACAUUCUAGGCUGGCAGAGACAACAGUGGUCUAUCCCGCUGAUGUUGUUCUCUUUGAGGGGAUCCUUGUUUUCUACAAUCAAGACAUUCGGGACAUGUUUCAUCUCCGGCUCUUUGUGGACACGGAUUCUGAUGUCCGGCUGUCCCGCAGAGUUCUGCGAGAUAUGAAGCGUGGGCGGGACCUUGAGCAGAUCCUCACCCAGUACACCACAUUCGUCAAGCCUGCCUUUGAGGAAUUCUGCUUGCCGACAAAGAAGUACGCGGACGUGAUCAUCCCCCGAGGAGUUGACAACAUGGUUGCUAUAAACCUCAUAGUGCAGCACAUUCAAGACAUCCUAAACGGAGACAUCUGCAAGUGGCAGCGAGGGGCAAUGAACGGACACGGUCGGACCUACAAGCGCCCAUUCCCUGAACAAACGGAGGGCAGCAACGUGCUUGCAGCUGGCAAACGCUCCCACCUGGAGUCCAGCAGCCGCCCGCAUUAACUGGCCUGAAGGAUUUGCCUCCGGUCCAGACCAACACCGAAGAACAAUUUUGGGAAAGGACUUCAGCAGAACG